AUGGAGCCAAUUCUGAGGGCUGCGGCCUCUGGCCUCUGCACACGAUGCUCGACCACCGCAAGGAGGCAAUUAGUCGCCGGCAGACCUGUCGCUCAUAUUGCCCAAGCUACAUCGGCCCACUCCAUCCGUGCCAUCCACUCGACAACACCGAGACGAUCGAAAGGAAACACCGCCCCGGCAAGAGGCUUUGCUUCGACCUCCAAGGCUUCCUCGCAGACAGUUACAGCUUCCAAGACGAUCGCUACGGAAUAUCAGCCUGCCUUGAAGCAGGACAACCUCUUCCAUUCGUACUCGAACAGUCCGAUCCCAGCAAUUCGUCGCCGCGCUGCGUUCAUGAGGCAGCAUGCCUACUGUUCUCAUCCCGACCACCGGCCCACACGGGUUCCAACUAUCGCGCAAGAUGGAGAAGAGGCGAAAGAGGGUGGUACCAUGGCGCCUGCUCAUGUUGACUUUGAGUGUCCCGACUGCGGCAUCCCGGUGUCCUGCAGCAAGGAACACUGGAUGGCCGACUACGAGUCGCACCUCGAGAUUUGCGACCAGCUCCGCGAGAUCAACGAGGAUGAUCAUGACCUCCACUCUGGUCGUGCGUUCCCUGAGUUUGAGAUGGCCGAAGACCAGCUGCCCGAGGCUGUGGUCAACAUGAGCAAUUGGGAUACCUUCAUGUACACGCGAGAGUUCGAUGCGAUCAACGACGAGCGUAGUAUGCGUCAGGUCACCAAGAUGCUGACGUAUCCCGUCACAAUUGGCAGCAUUCUCCAUGAGCUCAGUCCGUACAGCCUGAGCAAGGGAGGCCGGUUGACAGGCGAGGGUAUCCGAAGCUUGAGCGCCCUCCGUUACACCCUUCAUCCUCCCAAGAACGGCAAGGGCAUUGAUAUCAAGAACCUACGACCCGAGGCGCCCCCAGUGCGCGUCUUUUGCCUGGGCGCCCGCGCCGAGUCUUCGCUGCCGAGGAAUGUCUGGGUGCAGCUGGCGCACCUCUUCCCCGACAGCAAGAUCCACCUCAUCUUCAUCGGACCCGAGAGCAUGGCGAACCGCGACGACGAAUUCCCGCUGCCUGAGCGCACGGCGUCCAACCCCUUCGGCAUGGUGGUCGAGGACCGGGUGUCGUCCAAGAUGAAGAUCAGCACCAUUGUUGACUACUACCACACGCUGCACACGGCGCAGUACUUUGCGCCGUAUGAUCCUUACUUCGACUGCUUCGUCCUGUUCCACCCGGGUCUGGGCCAUCCGGCGAGUAGCCACGAGUGGACGGAAACGCUCCCGCAGCUGCUGGAGACCAAGGUGCCCAUCAUCGCGACGGGCUACACACAGUUCGACAUGGAGAGGGACAUUGAGUGGGUCCGCAAGACAGCAGCCGGCGAGUUUGAUAUCCUCCUGGAGCCGGGUGAGAACCUCUUUAGGAGUCUGAGGUGGGAUAUCAACGACCUCGACCCGCAAGAUAUCAGCUGUGGCAACUGGGGUGUCUGGGCGUUCCGUGGUAAACGCUACGAAACAACAAUGAAGGAGUAG